AUGACAGUCAAAGAAGGAUCAGCUACGGUCAAAUUGCCUGAAGGCGUUUUCUACAAUCCUGUUCAAGAGUUUAACCGGGAUCUCACGAUAGCUGUAAUAAAACAGUUUUCAAAAAUACAUUUGCAAGAAUUUAUUAACAAAACCACAAAGACAGCAGGUGAUACUCAACCAAAAUCAGUUAAUUAUUCCGGACUGUCAAUUCUGGAAGCCCUGGGGGCAUCUGGUCUUCGAUCUGUCCGAUUUGCAAAUGAAAUUCCAAUGCUCCAUAAAAUCGUAACGAAUGACCUGGAUCCAGAAGCGGCCAAAUUGAUAAGUGAAAACGCCAAACUGAAUGGAGUUGAGGAUAUUAUCAGACCAUCUUGUUCCGAUGCUGUCAAGUUAAUGCACGAUGCUGUCAAAGACAAGUUUAACGUUGUGGAUAUCGAUCCUUAUGGUACAGCCAGUCCUUUCCUUGAUUCUGCCGUCCAGUGUCUCUUCAAUGGCGGUCUUCUCUGUGUCACUUGCACUGACAUGGCUGUUUUAUGUGGAAGUGCUCCUGGUACAGCCUAUGGGAAGUACGGAGGAGUGGCCAUCAAGAUGACUGCUCAACACGAACAGGGACUACGAUUACUUCUGCAUGCAAUUCAACAGGCAGCAAGUCGUCAUGACAAAGUCAUUGAGCCCCUGCUCUCGCUCUCUAUCGAUUUCUACGCUCGAGUAUUUGUAAGGGUACGGUCUAGCGCUUCGGGUGUUAAACACAUUGCAUCUCGACUUGCUAUUGUCUACUCUUGCACUGGUUGCCAAGUGAGUGCUUUUUCCACUUCCUGA